AUGGCUGAUUUGUUUCAAGAGUUAUUAAAUCCACCCAACUCAGCCGACCAUCGCUCAAAUGACAAGACUCAGACUGACCCUGUCGCCCUCCAAUAUCUUUCCACAUUGGCUUCUAUGCCCCUUUCUCAACUAGAUGGCUCCGAACAGCAAUCCUUAGCCCAAUCUUCUCAUUCACUACAUCUCGCCUUACAGGCCCUUUCUAAACGUUCUCACAAGUCCAUCAUCAACUCGGCAGCUAAUCAUGCCCAUCUCGGCACUGCGCUUCCUACUCUAGCAGCCUCGGCCACUGACUUAACGGCCGCCAUACCUAAGUUAGAUAAUGAGGCAGUUCGGUUUUCAACUACUUACCAUAAGUCUGGGGAUAAUGAACUUCUAAAUGCUCGGAAGCGAGCACUGUUAUUAUCGAGAAACGUCGAACGAUUAGUUGACGUGCUUGACCUCCCUACUUUACUCUCUACUGCCAUCUCCACAGGCUCUUCUGCCCCGGCUGCAAAUUAUGCAUCCGCGCUGGAUCUUAAUGGCCAUAUCCGUCGACUGCAUGGCCUAUACCCCGACUCACCUUUGGUGGCAUCUGUUUCCACGCAGGCCGACGAAGCUAUGCAGGCCAUGGCCAAAAACUUGAUAAUGGGCCUACGCACACCCGGUCUCAAGCUAGCAUCUGCCUUAAGGACGGUCAGCUGGCUCCGGAGAGUCAUACCGGAUCUUGAUACUACCGGCGCCACUGGCAAUGGUGGAGGGCUAGGAGCUUUAUUUCUCGUAUGCCGUCUGUCGACACUUAUUAAUAUGCUAGCUGCCUUAGAGCCACUUCGUGAGCUGGCGGAGCAGGAAAGGAUACGGCAACAGCAGAACCCGACGGGAAGCGCCUGGUCUGGAGGACAGCAAACUGAACGAUAUCUCAAGCGGUACAUAGAGAUAUUCAGAGAGCAAAGUUUUGCUAUCAUCUCGAUGUUUAGGAGUAUAUUUCCCACGCACACAAACGAGACGCCGUCAAAAACAGCCGAUGAUGACCCUCUGCAACCUGUACCAUCCGCAGCAUCAACAUUCUUAUUUCACCUUAUCGAGAUGUUAAUGGAGACGCUCCGGAUUUAUCUACCAACUGUUAAAGACCAGCCGUCCCGUGAUAGUUUAUUGACACAAGUUCUUUACUGUGCCGGAAGUCUUGGGCGUCUUGGGGGAGACUUUGGGAUCUUACUAGCCACUAUCGAUGUUGGGGAUGAAGCAGAAGACGAAUGGGUUGAAGUAGUUAAGCGUCACCGGCUUAUGGCAGCCUUCCACUUUGGUGCUGGUCUCGGCUCGGGCACGUUAAGCGCUGUGCUUCUGCAGCCGUUCGAUCUUCUCAAGACGCGCGUGCAGCAGUCGGGCUCGCACUCGAUCAGAGCUGCUAUCAGCGAGAUUGCCAGGUCUCCAAAUGCUUUCACUGCCUUCUGGAGGGGCACCGUCCCGUCGGCCCUACGGACGGGCGUCGGGUCGGCCAUCUACUUUACCACCCUGAAUAAGAUCCGGCAGCGCGCAACGGCCUUCCCCUUCGCCACGGUCCCAGCCGUCGACAAGCACGGGUCUUCCUCUUCUUCGCUGCCCAGACUUUCCAACACCGCCAACAUGGUGUCCGGAGCCGUCGCCCGCGCUUUCGCGGGCUUCAUCCUCAUGCCGCUGACCGUCAUCAAGGUGCGCUACGAGUCCAACUUGUAUUCGUACAGGUCCAUUGCCGGCGCCGCCAGGGAUAUAUACAGAACCGAGCGCAUCCCGGGCUUCUUUGCCGGCUUCGGCGCCACCGCCCUUCGGGACGCCCCGUACGCGGGGCUCUACGUUCUUUCGUACGAACAGUUCAAGAAGCGCCUCAGCGCCUGGCUUUACGUAAGCCCGGCUAUCGCCCACGGACAGGCCAGCCUGGGGAUGGGGAGUUCCCUGUCUGCUACCAUUAACUUCAGUUCCGGCGCGCUCGCGGGCGCGACGUGCUCCUUCAUAUCGAAUCCGUUCGACGCCGUCAAGACGCGCAUACAGCUGCAGCCCCGCCAAUACCGCAACAUGGUUCAAGCGUGCCGCAAGAUGAUGGCGGAGGAAGGAGUGCGGUCGCUCUACGACGGACUUGCUCUGCGCAUGACGCGCAAGGCGAUAAGUUCCGCGUUGGCUUGGAUGGUGUACGAAGAGUUGAUUCGGAGGGCAGAGACUACGCUAUAUUCGAGAGACGCGAAAGGGCAUGUAUGA